CUUUCAUAAAGGAAAAAAAAAAUGUUUUGGGCGGUUCUGUGGCUGUAUCUAUAAUGUCUUGAAACAAGACGACAUCUAGUUUUGGAUUUAUGAUUCUUUUAAUUUACUGACGUUUUAGAUCCGGAUGUUGUCGUGCAGGUCAUAUCCGCUACUCUUUGAACAACCCGCGCCACAACACAACUGAGAUUAAACUAGUUUCUUCCUUUCAACAAAGUUUCUGUUAUUAGAUAAAGCGCUACUUUCUAUAUUCGUGUUAGCCGUGCAUGUGGGGGUGUAUCUGGAUGUGUAUACGUGUUAUUUAUCGGAACAGGAUUCCGUUUUUUCAGCACUUUCCGUCGAUUGUAGCCAGCGAGGCGGAGUGAACAUUUCCAGUAUUUGCGUGAUCCAGGCUGACUUACUACCGCUUCAGGCUGGUUGCCAUGCAAAACGCCGACAGCAUCAUCGUCCUGAGUGACGGUGAGGAAGACAGUGCAUUCAGCAACAAUGACUCGGUGGUGAUCUUGGAGGACCGGACGAGUCCCGCCCCCCGGCCAGUGUGUGUGUCGUCAGACCAGCAGGAGGAGGAGCUGGUCAUCACGUUCUCUCAGGGAGCCCAGCUCCUCCCACAUGCACGUUAUGACUGCAGCAUUCACACCUUCACACUUGAAGACGCAGAGAUCAGCGCUCCUGCAGGAAACAACCAGCUCAUCUGCCAGCAGUGUUACUGCUACAUCUGUGAUAGGCCCGCAGGAGAGUGCCUGGUGUGGACGGUGGCGGGGAUGUGUCACUGUAACAGUCACAACCGGAGUGUGUUCUGGAGGAGCAGCAGAGACACACAGCUGCUGGGCUUCCUACAGCGCUUCUGCCUCACCCUGCUGGAGGUGGACCCAGAGCUACGGCUAGCAGAGGCAUUGCUGCUGAAGUUGGAGGCGGAGCUAGCAGUGGAGUACGCCUCCUUCCUGAGGGGAACGAUGCGAUGGACAUGCUCCUGCCGCUGCCACACAGCCAAUCAGGAGCAUGCGGAAUCUUGCAGCUGCCAAUCAAAUCACCAGGAGGUGCGGAUGCACGACUACCUGCAGGUGUACCAGUGUGUGGGUGCCUUCCUGGACAGAGCAGAGAGAGAGGAGAGAGAGAAGCCCAGAGCAGCAGCUGUCAUGAGACUAGGAGCUGCCCACUUCUUCCUCACACACGCUCAUGCCCCAGGGAUGACUAACCUGGCUCCUCAAGGAAACUCUGAAGAAGGCAGGUUUCUGCUGCUGAAAAGGGUGACAGAGGCAGUGCAGAGACAGCUGGUGAUGUGUGAAUUCAAUCCAGAUUUCAGCCUCAAGCUCCAGACCUUCUACCAGGACCUGCCACUGCCCCCCAGGUGUGCUGUACUCAGGAACAGCCUGCGUGUGCGUCCCUGGAAGGACCCCUUGCUGGUGUCUGUGCUCCUGGGACAGAACGUGACUGGCCAGGGGCGGGGCCAGGGGCGGGGCCAGGGGCGGGGCCGUAAGGACGUCCUAACUGAGUCUGCUGCUGUGGUGCUGCUCCGAACACACCAACUACAGCUGCAGAACAAGUACACACACCCCAACUACAGCUGUAGAACAAGUACACACACCCCAACUACAGCUGUAGAACAAGUACACACACCCCAACUACAGCUGCAGAACAAGUACACACACCCCAACUACAGCUGCAGAACAAGUACACACACCCCAACUACAGCUGCAGAACAAGUACACACACCCCAACUACAGCUGCAGAACAAGUACACACACACCAACUACAGCUGCAGAACAAGUACACACAUCCCAACUACAGCUGCAGAACAAGUACACACACCCCAACUACAGCUGCAGAACAAGUACUGGGAGUUGACAAGGUACCUAAAAGUGGUUCAGACAGACAACAGUGAACUUGUCCAGGCGGUGCGUGAUCUCAUUCCCCUGUACCAGUGUAAGUCUGGGAACCUGACUGCUGCCCUGUAUAGCACCUUCAGCCCUGCACCCGGACCCUGCUGCCCUGCCUGCAGGAUGACCCCUGACCUCUACCACCUCUACCUCCGCAUCCUCACCACGGCAACCGCUCCCACCCACACCCUCCACCUGCACACUCAGCCCCUCCCACACACAGCUGUCUGGGAGCCAAUCAGAGGGACAGUCCAGGUGAAGAGAUCAGAUGUGGUUCGUUUCUCUCUCAGAAUUCUGAUGUCCAACACUGCUCUCUACACAGAUGUUCAGUGCUGGAUGUCUCUGCUCCAUGUGGUGAACAUUCCUGCUCUCCCACAACCAGAUGCUGCCUUCCUGAAGGAAGCAGUGGCUGUUACCACGGCAAUACUACUAGACCGGCCGGGUCAUGUGAUCCCUCGGUCCUUCCGAAGUGUAUAUCCAGACCAGGCGUUGUUGCUCUUGGUCACUGCGUGUCUUGUUAGAGGUACGGCAGCAGGCUUCCUAAGCUCCACCCUCCACACCCACGACGCUUACAAGGAGAAUGGCUGGUGUAUGGACUGGCUGUGUGAACGUCUCUCCUCCCUGUGUCCUCCUCCUCACACUGGUAAAGGAUGCCACCAGUGGGCGGGAACGGCUCCACCUGACCACCCAGACCAUGAGGCUUCACCCCCUGACAGAUGCUGAUGGCUGGUUACCAUGGUGAUCCAGAGCCCAGCUGGUUACCAUGGACCCAGACCAG